AUGACCCCUCCAUCAUCAUCAUCAUCCAUCAAUAACGACUCUGAAGAUGUCAUUGAUUUCCCUCAAAUCCAACAUCAUAAUCAACAACCAUCUUCGUCUUCGUCUUCUUCUUCUUCUCCUUCUUCUCCUUCUAGACGGAAAUCAUCUGUAGGAAAUAUUAACUUAGGAGAUACUGCAGUUCCAGCUCUUUCAACAAUGCCCCUGGACCCACGCCUAGAACGUGAAAGUAGACACCGUCUACGUGUACUUUCAGCUUCAAGUGCAAAUAUGCCUGUUGUUGUAGAAGCUUCUUCUUCUUCAGAACCUCAAUCUGAUAAUGAUAAUGAUGAUGAUUAUGAUGAAAUUAACAACUCAGGAACUGCAGAUACUGAAGUUUCUAAAUCUUCAGCAAUCUCAUCUAAUGGAUCUGGUAGUGUUGUUGUUCCAAGGAAAAAAAAUCAAACUGUUUCUACUACUACUACCACCAACACUAAUAAGAAAUCUCACAACCAUCCAAGACUUACAACCAUUGCUCCAGCUUCUCCAGCAAUCCAGAUUUGGUACCAAAUUCAAGAACUGGCCUACCACAACACAUGGCUUACCCCACUAGUCAUUUUAAUUAUCAUGUAUGCUGCAUUUCUUAUAAACCCAACCCAAUCCAAUCCUCUUCACAUGUUUUUGCGUCUUUCCUACCAACGUGUUGAUGAAAAUGGAACUUUGAUUGAUCUUUAUGGUAAAGGUUAUAGAGAUUUUGCCUUUGUUUCAACAGGAAUUGUGUUUUUCAUGUUUUUUAGAGAAUUUUGUAUGCAAAUCAUUCUAAAACCUCUUGCAACUAAAGUCUGUGGUCUUCAAAGAAGAUCUAAAAUCUCUCGCUUUUUGGAACAAACUUAUGCAAUUGUAUACUUUUCAAUCUCUGCUUCCUUUGGCUUCUACAUCAUGUACCAUAAUAAAGAUGGUCUCUGGUAUUAUAAUACAAAAGCAUUUUACGAACAUUACCCUCAUAAGGCUCAUGAUGGAUUAUUCAAAGCCUUUUAUUUGCUUCAAGCUGCCUUUUGGGCCCAACAAAGUAUCAUUCUAAUGCUUCAAGUUGAAAAACCUCGCAAGGAUUUCCGUGAACUUGUUUUCCAUCAUAUCGUUACUAUUGCUCUCAUUUUUUGCUCUUACCGUUUCCACUUCGCCAUGAUGGGUAUUGCUGUCUUUAUCACCAUGGACACUUCUGACAUUUUCCUUUCUCUUUCUAAAACUCUCAACUAUCUUGAUUCAAAAUAUACUCCUGCAAUGUUUGUUUUCUUCAUUGCUGUCUGGGUUUAUCUUCGUCAUUAUCUUAACAUUGUCAUUCUUUGGUCUGUUCUUACAGAGUUUAGAACUGUAGGUCCUUACCAACUCUCAUUUGCAGAUCAACAAUACAAAUGUUGGAUCUCUCAAAUUAUUACCUUCUUUUUAAUCUUUGCCCUUCAACUCGUCAAUAUCUAUUGGUUAUUUUUGAUCUUUAGAAUCUUGUAUCGCUAUGUUGUUGGUGGUGUUCAAAAGGAUGAACGUUCUGAUGAUGAGGAAGAAGAUGAUGAAGAUGAACAAGAUGAACAAGAUGAGAUAGAAGAAGCCGAGGCUCAAGAAAAACGUCAGAAAAUCAUUGAAGCUGCCGCCAUUUCUAAGCAACUCAAGUCGGAAUAA